UAGCUAUUGCAGUUAAAGUUACAUUCUCUCAUUGAUCCACUGAGAGAUCAACAACGUAACGCUUGAGAAUAAAACGAAGAAGAAGGCGACGCGCAUAGAAGAGUUUAAUUAGUAGUUUGUGAUACUAUGGGUCACCAUACUUGCUGCAAUCAACAGAAAGUUAAAAGAGGGCUUUGGUCUCCCGAUGAAGACGAAAAACUCAUUCGAUACAUUUCCACUCAUGGCUAUGGCUGCUGGAGUGAGGUUCCAGAGAAAGCUGGGCUUCAAAGGUGUGGCAAGAGUUGUCGAUUGAGAUGGAUUAAUUACUUGAGGCCUGAUAUUAGAAGAGGCAGAUUUAGUCCUGAUGAAGAAAAGCUUAUUAUAAGCCUGCAUGGGGUCGUAGGCAACAGAUGGGCUCACAUAGCUAGCCACUUGCCCGGCAGAACUGACAAUGAAAUAAAGAAUUAUUGGAAUUCGUGGAUCAAAAAGAAAAUAAGAAAGCCUUCGUCUUCAACCACUACUACUACGCAAAUUGUGAAUGAUCAUCAUCAUAAUCCCCAAUUCAGUCAUAAUAGUAAUAAUAAUAAUCCCAAUGAUCAACUUCACUUUAACUACACCACCCAAGAUCAUGACCUACUCACCUCAAAACGGCCAAUUCAAGAUGCCUUAUUUUCUCCCACCUGUCCCUUGUUCAUGUUCGACACCAGUACUUCACUGCAUCAUGGGAUUACAACAACAACCUCAGACAUAGUCAACAACAACAAUGGUACAGUAGCAGCAGCAGCAGAAGUGUUCCAAGAUGGUACUGUAAGUUUGAUGAGCUCUGGGAGUUGGAAUUUGAGUCAACAUCAUCUUGUUCUUCGUCAUUCUUCUGCGACGACAACUUUUACAGGCGUGGACAGUGCUGCUACGACAAAUACCAAUUAUAGUUUUCCACCUUUGAUAAAGAACAUGGCCAAUGAUAAUCAUGUGCAAAUAGAAUCAUGUUGUAUAGAGGAAGAAGGAGAUAUAGCAGCUAUGGAGUGUUUGAGGAGGCAAGAUGAUCAGUUGAAUAACAUUGAUUGGGUGGAGACGACAGGCCAACAACAAUGUCCUAACUUCUUGUUUUGGGACAAUCUUGGUGGGGAUGAAAUUAUGGCGCCAGGUUCAUCAUCAUCAAAUCCGCUUUCUUCUUUUCCAUCGUCCUGAGAAAAACAAUGAUUGGGAAAUUUGGAAGACAAGUGUGUCCCCACACACACUCUGAUAAAUUUUCCCCUCUUUCUCUCUCAAGCUUGUUACUUAUGAGAUAACUUACUGUUACUGACUUUUGAAACGACAUGGAUGGUGGUCCAGCGCAGGCUUUUCUGAAACUUAUUGCAGAUAUUUUGAGGUUGCUUUUCUCCUUUUUAAAGCUUUUGUUUUUUUUUUCCCUCCUGGUUUCUGAUAAGAAAGAUUGUAAAAAGUGAGUGAAGGUAAUUAAAUAACCUUGCGUGCAGUAGAACAUUUUCAAUUGGGUAUUUGACUAUCACUGUAUACACAUGUCUUUAUUGGUUCUUGGUUAUGGUAAUUGAGUUGAUUUUUGCUUUUAAAUUACAUGGCCAGCAUGCAAAUGUCAUGGAAAAAGAUAGAAAGAGAGAGGAUUCUU